AUGGCUACCCCUAGUGUCCUCGCUUUUGACGCCCGGGGUAGUGCCAUUGACUUUGACGUCUGGGUAGAUGACCUGCAGCUUUUCUUACAGUGCGAUGGGGCAGAUGGCCUCUCCCUCUUUGACCUCACUUCUUGUGCCUCUCCUGCCCCCGCUGCUAAUGCUGACGCCACUGUUCGCUCACAGUGGGCCACGCGCGAUGCUGCUGCACGUCUUGCUGUGCUUGCACGCUACUCCUCCCCUGCCACUGCUGCACUGAGCCGCCUCAUGCUACCGUACCUCUUCCUUGACCUUGCUGCCUUUCCCACACUCACUGACCUCACUACGCACCUCCGCACUAGUGACACUCGCUACCGCACUGCGCUUCCUGCUGAGUUCUGCGCCAAGAACCCUCCCCCCAUGUACAUCACCCUCUACUACAUAGUCGCCCGUCUCCCUGACACCCUCCGCGUAGUCAGGGACCACUUUCUCUCUGUGUGCCCCACCACUCUCACCGUUGACCUCCUCGAGAAGGCCCUCCUAGUAGCAGAGAAGAGCAUAGUCGCUGUAGGAGCCUCUCGUGAUGACCCCCGCACCCCCGUCUUUGAGGGGUGUUCUCCCUCCCCCCUCUUGCCCUCUGUUGCUUCUGCUGUUGCGGCCGACCUCGUUGGUUUCGAGUCGGUCGGCGCUACGUCUGCCCAUUCUGGGAAGCGCCGCACAGGCAAGGGCAAGGGGGGCAAGGGCGCUGGAGGAGCUAGCGGGGGCGGUGGAGGUGGCGGUGGAGCUGGCGGAGGGGGUGGGGGUGGUAGUGGGAGUGGUGGCGGAGGUGGAGGUGUCGGUGGCGGCAGUGGAGGCGGAGGCGGAGGCGGCGGUGGCGGUGGGAGCGGAGGUGGCGGAGGUGGCAGCGGAGGAGGAGGCGGAGGCGGAGGAGGUGGAGCUGGUCGGGGUGGCGCUCCGCAGAGGGGCGGCUCCGGUGGUGGUCAGCGCUAG